UGGCGCCGCAGUGGAGGCGCGUUACCGACAACAUGUCCCAUAUACCCAUGAAACUCCUGCGCAAGAAGAUUGAGAAAUGGAACUUGAAAUUGUGCCAGCAAAACUUAAAGCUCCAGGGAGCCUCGGGUGUGAGCUUAUCAGGAACGCAAAAUGGAGAUAUGUCUGAAGAACCAGUGGGAGGUGGGAAGGUUAAAAAAUCCCUGAAACAGUCUGUGAAUGUGGGCUCCUCAGAAGCCCAGAAUGGAGAGAGAACUAAAGAAACAGUGAAAACUGUACAAGUUAAAAAAAAAAAAAAGAAAUCUACCAUAAAAAUCAAUGGAGAAGCAGCAACACAGCCUCCCAAUUCAGAACCAAAAAAGAAGAAAAAGUAAAAGAGAAAAAUAGAGGAUGAUGCUGGGCCUGAUACCAAAAAAGUGAAAACUGAAGACAAAGAGGACUGUGAAGAAGGAGCCCAAGCUCCUGAAGGGACAGAAAACAGUGUGGAGAAGCCUGACGAUCAGGAAGAGGACAGUGAAGUGCCCAGCCUACCCCUAGGACUGACAGGUGCUUUUGAGGAUACUUCAUUUGCUUCUCUUACUGAUCUUGUCAAUGAGAACACUCUCAGGGCAAUAAAAGAAAUGGGUUUUAUAAACAUGACUGAAAUUCAGCAUAAAAGUAUCAGACCACUUCUGGAAGGCAGGGAUCUUCUAGCAGCCGCAAAAAUAGGCAGUGGCAAAACGCUGGCAUUUCUCAUCCCUGCAGUCGAACUCAUUGUCAAGUUAAAGUUCAUGCCUAGGAAUGGAACUGGAGUUCUUAUCCUCUCACCUACUCGGGAACUGGCCAUGCAGACUUUCGGUGUUCUUAAGGAGCUAAUGACACACCACGUUCACACAUACGGCUUGAUAAUGGGCAGCAGCAACAGGUCGGCUGAAGCACAGAAACUCGGUGAUGGGAUCAACAUCAUCGUGGCCACCCCAGGCCACCUUCUAGAACACAUGCAGACUACCCCAGUGUUUAUGUAUAAAAAUUUGCAGUGUCUGGUUAUUGAUGAGGCUGAUCAUAUCUUGGAUGUUGGGUUUGAAGAGGAAUUAAAACAAAUUAUUAAACUUCUGCCAACACGCAGGCAAACCAUUAUCUUUUCUGCCACACAAACUCGAAAAAUUGAGGACUUGGCAAGGAUUUCUUUGAAAAAGGAGCCAUUGUAUGUUGGUGUUGAUGACAAUAAAGCUAAUGCAACAGUGGAUGGUCUUGAGCAGGGCUAUGUUGUUUGUCCCUCGGAAAAGAGAUUCCUCCUACUCUUUACAUUCCUUAAGAAGAGCCGGAAGAAGAAACUGAUGGUCUUCUUUUCAUCCUGUAAGUCCAUGAAAUACCACUAUGAGUUGCUGAACUACAUCGAUUUGCCUGUCUUGGCCAUUCAUGGAAGGCAGAAGCAAAAUAAGCAUACAACCACAUUCUUCCAGUUCUGCAACGCAGAUUCAGGGAUAUUAUUAUGUACUGACGUGGCAGCGAGAGGGCUGGAUAUUCCUGAAGUCGACUGGAUUGUUCAGUAUGACCCUCCAGAUGACCCCAAGGAAUAUAUUCAUCGUGUGGGAAGAACAGCCAGAGGCCCAAACGGGAGAGGGCAUGCCUUGCUCAUUUUACGCCCUGAAGAACUGGGUUUCCUUCGUUACUUGAAGCAAUCCAAGGUUCCAAGUGAAUUUCACUUUUCCUGGUCCAAAAUUUCUGACAUUCAGUCUCAGCUUGAAAAAUUGAUUGACAACUACUUCCUUCAUAAGUCAGCCCAGGAAGCGUGUAAGUCCUACAUUCGAACAUAUGAUUCCCACUCUCUGAAACAGAUCUUCAAUGUUAAUAACUUAAAUUUGCCUCAGGUUGCUCUUUCGUUUGGUUUCAAGAUGCCUCCUUUUGUUGAUCUGAACAUGAACAGCAAUGACGGCAAGCUUAAAAAGAAAGCUAAAAAAGUCGAGAAGUCCAAAAUCUUCAAAUACAUUAGCAAGAAGUCCUCUGACAGCUGGCAGUUCUCCCACUGAAGACACACCUUCCUUUUGUCUCGAAUAGCUUUGUCCUGAAAUGGAUAUUUUCCCCCCUUUCUCUAACAAAGGAAUUAUAGCUUCAGGAUUGGGACUGAUGGAACAGGAGUAUGAGUUGAUGGUUGCAAGCUCCAGGCACUGAUACUUCCAGGAGAUACUGCUCUUAUUUGGGGAUGUAGAACAGAGUUCAAUUUUUCUAGGUUGUUCAAGAG